AUAUUUUUAUGUCUACUUUAUUUUAGAUCUAAAAACCUACUGCUUCAAUGGAGAGAACUUAUCUAAUAUCCUCGUUGCUGAAUGGAAUCAUAAAGAUCCUUCAAAAGUCAACAGACCAAGCACAGGACCAUUGGUUGGAUAUAUGUUCUACCAUUACAUAUACUCCACAUGGGAAAGCAAGUCUAUACAAAUAACUGACCUGCAUGUGUUACCACUACCAGAAUAUGAGUCCAUCUGUGAAAAUCUGUUUCAUUUCCUGUGCAAGAUGUCUGUAGAUGAGAAUUGUGCCCGAGUUCAAUGGCAAACGAAUGGUAACAAUGAUUUGAAGAACUUGGGUAAAUAUUUUAAUGCCAUGAAUUUAAUAGAGAUGGAAAGUUGGCGAGUAAAAAAUUUUGAAAAACAUCAGUUGAAAGAACUCAGCGCAACAAGUUGAUAAAGAACAGUGGUGUUGUUAAGGAAUGCAACAUUACAUUUUUCUAUUUUUUCUAAUGAAAAUAAAAAGUAACUAUUA